AUGGCAACAUCUAAGCCCGUGGCCCAGUUUUCCCUCGCCCACGCCGCUCCCUCCCGCCACCCUCCUUGUCUAUUCUUCGGACCUAGCGCUACGCAUCAACCGUCCAGGCGCCCAUUCCUCCCCGCUGGUGCCCGGCGACCAUCACCCGUGGAUGGUUUCUAUUCCCCUAUCCAUGCGCAACCAUUGCCUGCGAUCUUUCGCCCUGCCCACGCCUCCAUUUCACCUCCCUACGUUCUCCGGCAUGCCACCUCUACUACUCCAUUCCCUACCGCGCGCCGGGAACUCGAAGCCAGGUCUGCUCCAAUUCGACAUAACGGAGUGUAUGCUUCAGCCUUCAAACCCGCACGCCGCGAAUUUCAUGUAUCGUCGACGCAGCAGAAGGACCAUAGGUUUGAUACGCUGAAGCUGGUUCAGAGGUUGAAGAGUGAGGGUUUCAGUGAAGAGCAGGCUGUGGCGCUUAUGAGAGUGCUCAAUGAUGUUAUCGAAGAGUCGAUACGAAAUCUAACGAGAACGAUGGUGUUGAGAGAAGAUGCCGAAAGAUCUGCGUAUACACAGAAAGUUGACUUUGCCAAACUCCGCUCCGAGUUGCUAAAUUCUGACUCCACAGAGGCUCAGCUAACUCGAUCUUCGCAUGAUCGAAUUGCGGGAGAUUUAGCUAAGCUUAAUUCCCGUCUUCGCGAUGAAAUCACUCGCACACAAGCUUCUGUGCGAUUGGAUCUUAAUCUUGAAAAGGGCAGGAUCCGCGAAGAGGCAAAUGGGCAGGAAAUGAGAAUAAAAGAAACUGAAACGAGAAUCGAACAAGAGGUUGCUGGGCUAAGAGAGAGGGUAGAAGCUGUUAAAUUUUCUACCUUGCAAUGGCUGAUGGUUACUAACAUGUCUACUUAA